AAUAAGGAAAUUCUGUCGAUUUCGUUGCGCGAUCUCCUUCUCCUCCCACAGUCAGAUCUCCCGAUUCGCUGCCCUUCUUCGAUUUUCCCGUCCGAGUCUCAAUCGAGGAGGAGGAUGUUCAAGUUUUUGAAGGGAGUAGUGGGAGGAUCUGGGACAGGCAUCAAGGAUCUCCCCUACAACAUCGGCGAGCCCUACCACUCCUCCUGGGGCUCCUGGACUCACUCCCGCGGCACUUCCAAGGAAGAUGGAUCGGCUGUAUCGAUAUUUAUUCUUUCAGGAAGCAGCAGUCAAGAUGGUCACUUGAUAGCAGGCCGUAAUGGUGUUAAGCGCUUGCGGACGGUUAGGCAUCCAAAUAUCCUGUCUUUCCUACACAGCACUGAGGCUGAGGUUUCAGAUGGAUCUGCUAUGAAAUGUACUAUUUACAUUGUGACAGAACCGGUCAUGCCUCUGUCAGAAAAGACCAAGGAAUUAAAUUUAAGUGGCACACAAAGGGAUGAAUAUUUUGCGUGGGGUCUACAUCAGAUAUCUAAAGCUGUGAGCUUUCUAAAUAAUGAUUGUAAGCUUGUUCAUGGUAAUGUGUGCUUGGACAGUGUUGUGGUGACUCCAACGUUAGACUGGAAGCUACAUGCCUUUGAUGUGCUAUCAGAAUUUGAUGGGAACAGUGAAGUUUCUAACAGUGCAAUGCUGCAAUAUGAGUGGCUGGUUGGAUCACAGUACAAGUCAAUGGAGUUGGCAAAAUCAGAUUGGCAAAAUAUUAGGAAGUCACCUCCUUGGUCUAUCGACUCAUGGGGUUUGGGGUGUUUGAUUUAUGAGAUUUUUUCUGGCACAAAAUUAUCCAAAACAGAGGAACUUCGAAACACCUCUUUCAUUCCAAAGUCUCUCCUUCCAGAUUACCAGAGGCUUUUGAGUUCCACACCAUCUCGCAGAUUGAAUCCAUCAAAGCUUAUUGACAACAGUGAAUAUUUUCAUAAUAAGUUGGUGGAGACUAUUCAAUUCAUGGAGAUUCUAAACUUAAAAGACAGUGUUGAGAAAGAUUCUUUUUUCCGUAAGCUUCCAAACCUAGCUGAACAGCUUCCUCGCCAGAUUGUGUUGAAGAAGUUGCUUCCGUUGUUGUCUUCUGCCUUGGAAUUUGGUUCAGCUGCUGCUCCUGCCUUAACUGCAUUGCUGAAAAUGGGUUCGUGGCUUUCAGCUGAAGAGUUCAAUAUGAAGGUAUUACCAACCAUUGUGAAGCUGUUCUCCUCAAAUGAUAGAGCCAUUCGAGUUGCACUUCUGCAACACGUAGAUCAAUUUGGAGAGUCAUUGUCCUCACAUAUUGUUGAUGAGCAAGUUUUUCCUCAUGUUGCAAAUGGUUUUGCUGAUACUUCUGCAUUCCUACGUGAAUUGACAUUGAAGUCCAUGCUAGUUUUAGCACCAAAGUUGUCUCAGCGUACUAUGUCAGGAUCUUUGUUGAAGUAUCUGUCCAAAUUACAGGUGGAUGAAGAACCUGCUAUUCGAACGAAUACUACAAUCCUGCUGGGAAAUAUUGCUAGCUACCUAAAUGAUGCGACAAGAAAGAGAGUGCUAAUUAAUGCAUUUACUGUUCGUGCUUUGAGGGAUACUUUUUCUCCAGCUCGAGCUGCAGGAAUUAUGGCUUUGAAUGCGACUGUUCAAUACUAUGAAAUGACAGAGAUUGCCACACGUAUCCUUCCUAAUCUGGUUGUUCUGACAAUUGAUCCUGAUGGCGAGGUGAGGACAAAAGCAUUUGAAGCUAUUGAUCAGUUUAUGCUUAUUGCAAAACAACAUCAUGAAAAGCUUGUCACAGGGGAUACAAAUGAGAGUGGACUUUCUGGAAUACCUUCAGUGAGCAGCAAUUCUAGUUUACUGGGAUGGGCUAUGAGUUCCUUAACAUCAAAGGGGAAAGCAUCUGAACAUGGUUCCCUUACAUCAGCAAAUGCUAGUACGGUGCCAGUUCUGGCAACUUCAACUAGUAGCUCUGAUGUGAGCUCUUUUGCAAAUGUCUCUGAUCAACCUAGACCCUCAUCUCCAACAUCAACAGAUGGUGGUUGGGGAGAAGUUGAUAGUGGGCUUCUCCAUGAGGACCAUGAUAAUGACAAAGAAGGAUGGGAUGACAUUGAACCGCUUGAGGAAAAGAAACUUCCUUCACUAGCAAGCAUACAAGCUGCUCAACAACGGCCAGUGGUGCAUCAAAAGGCACAGAGUACUAGUUCCUUGCUACCCAAAGUUGCAAGUAAAUCAUCAAAAGAAGCAGAUGAUGAUCUAUGGGGCGCUGAUGCAGUUCCAGAACCAAGAACUGCAUCAAAUUCUCUAAAUACGAAAUCAGCUGCACAACAAGAUGACAAUUUGUGGGGUUCCAUUGCAGUGGCACCACCAAAAUCAACUUCAAAACCCCUAAAUAAGAAGACGACAGCUUCUUUAGAUGACAAUGAUCCAUGGGCAGCUAUUGCUGCUCCACCUCCAACUACCAGAGCGAAACCUUUGUCUCUGGGCAGAGGUAGAGGCACCAAACCAGCUACAGCAAAAUUAGGUGCUCAAAGAAUUGAUCGGAACUCCUCAGGGUCAUAGAAUUUUGACAGUUUAGAUUAUUGGCUUAUAUUUUUUACCAGCUGUCUGGCUCCAUUUAAGGGCUUGCGUUCCUGUAAGGUUGUAACAUUCUUUGCUGACAGUAGAAGUAUAUGGUUUUUGGCUGUAUUCAUAUUCAUCCUCUCUCAGACAACUGACACUAUCACAUAUUUUUUUUUUUAAAUUGAGAUAUUGUGAAGUUGAAUUGUCUAAUUAGGGAUGCUCUGCAUUUGUUCUAAUCCUAUCA